ACUCGAUGUUCGGGAAUCCCGCCUCCAGUUCCUUUUAUAGCGCCACAUGUGCGCUGGCGCUGCUCCAGGAUCCCACCCAUCCUGGUUACUUUGACAACACAAAAGACUUCGCAUAACUCGUAAGCCCCGCCUACAUAUCCAAAUAAGGACCGCCACUCCAUGUAGGGCAAACAAUCGACGCGAGAUUGCCCUUUUCUCUUCCUUAUCCCGUUUAUAUGAUCGGAGAGGAACUGCGCUUCAGGUUGGAAGCGGUGCGAUGAUGGCCGAGCGAGUCCAGCAGCCCCCAGCCAAGCGGCUCUGCUUCCGGCCUGGCUACAACCUGGCAUGUAAGCAGGGGCAGCGGGCUGGAGGAGUCCUGUGUGGCGGCUCCGGGUCCGCUCCUGGUGCGUCGGGAAACGGGAAAACGCACAACCCCGAGUCGCUACUUGACAUCGCGGCGCGCAGAGUCGCGGAGAAGUGGCCCUUUCAGAGGGUGGAAGAGCGAUUCGAGAGGAUCCCGGAGCCCGUCCAGCGGAGGAUCGUAUACUGGUCAUUUCCGAGAAGCGAAAAGGAGAUCUGUAUGUAUUCCUCCUUUAACGCCGGAGGAGAGGAGAGUGGAACUAGCGGGGACAAUAACGACGAGACUCAGCUGCCUUUCCUGCGGGGUGUCACUCUGCUGGAGGGAGGCUGGGUGGACAACGUACUACAAGUCGGCUUUCAUCUAAGUGGCACAGUGACAGACCCCGCCACCCCCCCGUACCCGGAGCUUGUCUGCAGCGUGAGUGUCAGCUUUGACCGCUGCAAGAUUACUGCGGUGACAUGCACCUGCGGAAACAAAGACAUCUUCUACUGUGCCCAUGUAGUGGCACUCUCGCUUUACAGAGUACGGAAGCCCGAGCAGGUCAAACUGCACCUACCCAUUUCAGAAACACUGUUCCAGAUGAGCAGAGACCAACUGCAGAAGUUUGUCCAGUAUCUGAUAUCAGUACACCAUACAGAAGUGCUGCCAACCGCUCAGAAACUGGCAGAUGAAAUACUGUCUCAAAACUCAGAGAUCAACCAGGUUCAUGGUGAGUGAAGUCUGUGUGUGUGUGUAAUGGUCAAAGUAAGUGGUCAUGUUCAGGACCACAGAAUGAUGUAGAUUUGUGUGCGGCAGUGUGUUUUUCUGUCUGCACAUGCAUACAGUUGAACCCAGAAGUUUACAUACACUGUAUAAAAAGAGACACAAUCCUCUUUUGAAAAUUCAGAUGUAAUUAUCUAGGAACCACCAGUGCACAAUUUGAAAGAAGAAACGCAAACAAGAGUUGUAUUUUUGUGUAAGAAAGAAAACUCCUUAGGUCCAAGAGUUUUUAAAAUUUUACAUGCAUAAAAAGGUUAACACAAUAAAGUAAAGGGGAAACCCACAAGACAUAUUAUUGUCCUCUU